UACACUAUAAUCGUCGUCCUCCUGAUGUACGGUCGUUGACAAGAGAAGCUCGAUAUAAAAAAGUAAUGAAAUAAAUCGAAUUACUCAUUAACCUUCUGCAUAAAGAGUAAGCAAUGGGAAGUACAACUACCUUAUCAAAUGAACAUGCGGACGCUUUCAGUUCAAUAAAUGAAAGACCGGUGGAUGAUAUUUCACUGGAAUUUUUCUACAAACCUCAUACUAUAACGUUAUUAGCUGUUUCGAUUGCUUCAGUUAUUUAUACAGCAUUUGUCAGAGAUGAAACAAAUACACAAGAUAACUUAUGGUCUGGAAUUUGCUGUGUAAUUUUCUUUUUCCUUAUAAUAUCAGUCCUCACAUUCCCUAAUGGCCCAUUUACUAGACCACAUCCAGCUGUAUGGAGAAUUGUUUUUGGGAUGUCAGUACUAUAUCUUCUUGCACUGUUGUUUCUUCUAUUUCAAAGCUAUUCCACUGUUUAUGAGAUAAUGUAUUGGGUGGAUCCUAAUUUAAGAAAUUUUCACAUUGACAUGGACAAGGAGUAUGCUGUUAACUGUACAGACAUAACUUUAGCAAGAGUGUGGUCUCAUGUUGAUGUGUUUGCAUGGGGCCACUUUUUAGGUUGGGCUUUUAAAGCCCUACUAUUUAGGCAUGCAGGCUUAUUGUGGGCUAUUUCAAUAAUGUGGGAAAUAACUGAGAUAGCAUUUGCACAUUUGCUCCCGAAUUUCAAGGAGUGUUGGUGGGACUCUCUUAUUUUGGAUGUUUUGAUUUGUAAUGGGUUGGGUAUAUGGUUUGGUCUCAAAAUAUGUAAAGCUUUAGAAAUGCGAGCAUACAAAUGGGUCAGUAUCAGAGAUAUAUCUUCUACAACCGGAAAAAUUAAAAGAGCUAUACUACAGUUUACUCCUGUGCAAUGGACUCCUGUGCGUUGGUUAGAUCCCACAAGCACAUACAUGCGUUUCUGUGCUUUGAGCCAACUUGUUGUGUUUUGGCAAAUUUCUGAAUUAAAUACUUUUUUUCUUAAACAUAUAUUUGAAAUGCCACCAUCACACCCACUGGUAAUUGCACGGCUCUGUCUGAUAGGCGUAAUUGUAGCUCCAUCUGUAAGACAGUACUACACAUACGUGACUGAUCCAAAAUGUAAAAGAGUUGGAACACAGUGUUGGGUUUAUGGUGCAAUAAUGGUUACUGAAUCAAUGUUAUGUAUUAAAAAUGGAAAAGAACUCUUUGGUCAAGCUCAAGUAUGCAAUGUUAUCAUAUGGCUAGUUAUCCAAAUGUUAGUGUCCAUAGGAUGUGUCUAUGGGAUGGUGUUAUACCAUCGUUAUUUUGAGUCUACAAAGGAGUCAGCUGGUGACAGUCCAAAAAAAGCUAACUAAGGGUCUAGUGUACAUAAUUUUACUCAGAAGAUUUGACAGUGUAUAUUUCUAUGGACUUUCGUAACCGCGUAACAUUCGGUGGCCGUGAGAUCGUCUGUAGAUCUACGCUAAUAAAAUUAGAGUAAUAAAAAUAGCCAAAAAUUAUACUACAUACCUGCGUAUGUAGUUUUCCUCAAUAUGUUGUAUGUCUAUUAAUUUAUUGCUAGUUUUAUUGA